GUUUCAGAGAAAAACUUUAGACGAAGAAAAGCUAGAAAGUCUACUGAUUUCCAUAAAAUGGUGUUGUAAAAUACUCAUAACUUGUUUGACGAUAUGCGGAAAGCUGGAGUUCAACUUGGAGCGUGUACUUUGGAGCCCCAAUCAGAUAUCGGAAAGGUAUAAAUAAACAGGUCGUACAGGAUCAGACAUUCUCACGUCUGGCUGACUCCGUCACUAUGUGGAUACUCGUCGCCUCUCUGAUAUUAGGCCUUCAGACUGUGUCUGGCCAGAGCACUAUAAGAUGGUGCGCAAUAUCCGCUCAAGAGAUGACCAAAUGUAACGCCAUGGCGCAGGCCUUCAGCAGUGCGGCCAUCCGUCCGAUUAUCCAAUGCGUCAGCGACGUGUCUGUGGAAGGAUGCGCGCAGAAGAUCGGGAAAAACCAAGUAGAUGCCUUUUCAAUGAGCGCUAAGGAUAUCUACAAACUGGGGGAAGAAACUAACUUCAAAAUAGCUGCAGGAGAGACUUCUGCUGAUGGAGAGGGCACCACCUACUAUGCGGUUGCCGUGGUGAAGAAGGUGAAGCCGGACAUCAACAUCAACACACUGAAGGGCAGGAAGACAUGUCACACAGGGAAGGGACGUACUGCCGGCUGGAACAUGCCUCUGGGAUACCUCAUCGACCAGAGCAAGAUGUCUGUCAUGGGCUGUAACAUCCCACAAGGAGUGGCUGAUUUCUUUAAUGCCAGCUGUAUCCCUGGGUCACAGGGAGACCCUCCCUCCCUUUGCCAGCUGUGUAAAGGCAACAUCAAUGGACAGUUUGUUUGUGACAACACUGACAAGGAGAGAUACUACGCUUACAACGGGGCCUUCAGGUGUUUGGCUGAAGAUGCAGGAGAGGUGGCAUUUAUAAAGCACACCACAGUUAUGGAGAACACAGACGGAAACGGUGACCCUGCCUGGACCGCUGGGCUGAAGUCUGCAGACUACGAGCUGUUGUGUAGAGACGGAACCAGGGCCCCUGUGAGAGAACACCGCCGGUGCCAUCUGGUCAGGGUGCCAGCCAGGGGCAUCGUGGUUAAAUCUGACAUCAGUGGCACUGUGGUCUAUAACAUGUUGACAGAAGGACUGACAAAGUCAGGUUUCCCCAUCUUUCAGUCGGGCGAGUUAGGCAGCAAUUUGCUGUUCAGUGUUUCGUCCACAGAGUUCCUGCGGCCGGAGUGUAUGAUGAUCCUAAGGCGUGGAUGGGCUCCAUCUACUACAACACUCUCAAAGCCAUGGACUGCAUCCCAGCAGAGCUGCCCCAGUCCCUGCGUUGGUGUGUGUUGUCCAGCGAUGAGCAGCAGAAGUGUACAGACAUGGCCGAGGCCUUCAGUGCCAAGUCUCUGGUCCCAAUAUCCAAAUGAUGGGAUCUUCAGUGGGCGACUGCAUGAAGAAGAUCCCGA